AUUUUUCUCUCUUUAUUGGUGAGAGCGAGCGACCAACCUACUGGUCCAUGUUACUCUCGCCAAGCACGAUAUUAAAAUUAGAAAAAUAAAAAAUCAUAAAAAUUAAAAUUAAAAAUCUUGGUUUGAAGGCCAUUUAAGACGGCCGAUAUGCACAACCCCAAACCAAAAAGGCUGCAAUAAUUGGAAAUCUGUGGGGAGCUUGAGCGGGAUCUGCAUUAGUCAGCAUUGAUAGAGUGCAGACGUCUCGGGUUCGAAUCCGACUGUAAACAUGAAGGGAGGAUCUGGCUCUGGCUCUGACGAGACUGAGAAGAUGGUGGGGGGUGAACCGCACUAUGGAACAUUUCAGGGCAGUGCACCACCAUACCCUCAACAACCUGUUAUGGGAAUUCCGCAGCCGGUACCACCUCCAGGCGCCAUCGGAUCUGAAUCCUAUUAUCCACCUGGAUACCAGGCCGUUCCCGGAUAUCCAGGUUAUCCACCACCUCCACCAUCUCCUCCAGCUGAGAGACCCCAAGAAGAGCGCCUUCCUUGCUGUGGUCUUGGCAUUGGGUGGCUUCUGUUCAUACUUGGUUUUAUAUUUGCUUCAAUUCCCUGGUAUGUGGGAGCGUUUCUUCUUUUUUGUUGCAGACAAGACUACAGAGAAAAACCUGGCCUUGUGGCAUGCACCAUUGCAGCUGUUCUUUCUGCUAUUGCAGUAAUUGUUGGUGCAACUAAAGGUGCAAAUGACUGGUAAACUGCUUGAUUAGCAGAGGAUCUUCGUGUGGCAUAAUAGCUUAAUUGUUUUAGUAACCGUGAUUUGUAGCUUUAUGUAUAUAAUUUCUUGUGCAAUACUUGAUGAAAUUGUAACUUGCAUUUUACAGAACUUAGAAUCUGUGAUGAAAAUGGCCUCGGAAGUUCUCCGAUUUUGCCAAAUUUGUAUUUCAUGAAUGCUAAGUUUCUAGUUUGUGUGGUUAAUCUAAUGGUAGAUAAAGGUAUUUGAUUA